AUUUCGCCACAGAGUAACAGUUUUAAAAAAAUUACCAAAAUGUUGCAAUCAACGAAGCUGCUGCUGCUGGCAGUGAUAUUCAUGGUAAUCGGAGGUAACCAGUUGAUGGCGAAAUUCAUAGGUCCAUCAAUCAGCCAAAAUUUUAACUAUACAAGUGCAAAUGCCACAGUUGUGUUGACGAGCUCUGCCAAUCCUAUAACUACAACAGUUCGAUCGACAACCUCACCGAAGCCUAAGAUAACAACACUUCGAUCGACAACCUCACCGAAGCCUAAGAUAACAACAGUUCGAUCGACAACCUCACCGAAACCGAAGACAACAGAGGCUCCUAACGUCCAUAACCAUCCGAAAUUCUAUUUUGCACCGCUACAGUUGAAUUGGUUUGGCGCAUAUGGUUACUGCAAAGAGAGAAAUUGGAAUCUCAUCGUUCUGGACUCGGAGAAAAUCAGGCUGGAAUUUGAAAGUUAUCUUAAUAAAUACAACUUGAGACAUCAUCGCAUUUGGACAGCUGGCAAUCAAUUGGGCGAUAUGAAGACUUGGCGCUGGGGUCUGCAUGGACCAAAAGUCACAUAUAGCCAUUGGGCAAAGGGAGAACCGGAUAAUUACAAACAUCAGCAACAUUGUUUAAAAUUAUAUAAAACCAGUUUGGAAUGGGACGAUGAUUCCUGUGAGAAGGUUAUCAAUUUUGCUUGCUUAAAGCAUUGAAUUACAAAUAAAAGUAGUUGAAAUUUCA